UUCACAUUUCAGUAACUACCUUCUGUUCCGCUUAUUGUUAUAUGCGUUUUAACUUCGGCCUUGUCAUACUGUCUUCAUUACUAAUAAAUCAACUUAUUGAUUUUUUCUUUGAAACGAUCGGAUCCUGAUAUCGCCCGAAUUACCACUUUAUUAUUUUCCAUAUUGCAGCCAACCAACCUCCUGCCUAGCACUGUGAUAGCUGCUGAUAUCCCAAAGCUCAACUGCUCAGAGAAAAUCGCGCUCACUGGAAUUGUUAGGUAUACACAUCCACAAAUUGGUGCAAUCAAAUGGCUAGACUGCGAUCAAGUGUACAUUGCCAGAUAUUUAGAGUUUUAUCGAAAAGAAAAGAAACAGAGACAAAGAAAUAAAUCUGUUUGUAGUAACCUGUGGCAAAAGAUAUUGAAAACUGAUUCGUGUAAUUCUGUUUUAAUUAGUUAAUUUUAUCAUUGAACAUUAUCACACAGAUUCUUUUCUGUCAUCUGUUUCUAAUCGCCUAUUGGAAAUGAACGUAGUAGGUGAAUAUAUUGACUGGAUGAACAGGAUUUUUAAAACAAGCAUGGAAAGAGCAGGUAUUUAUCGAUUAGGAUGUGUUUGUAUCCCAUAUAGACCCCAGAGUCUCUUCGAUGUUCCUAAUGAGUUCAUUGAAUGGUUUAUUAUAUGUGAUCAUUGCCUACCUAACAUUAGUUCAUUAUGGGUUAAAGUUCAUGAAAGGAAGGAAUCCUUUUCGUAUAAAUGGACUCGUUGUUGUGUAUGAUUGGAUCAUGGUAGUUAUGAAUGCCUAUAUGCUAUAUGAAUCUAUAGCAGUCGCAUUUAAUGAAAAUUAUUCGUUGUAUUGUCAAAAGGUUGAUUACAGCUCAAAUCCUAACGCUUUGAGAUUAGUCCGAGCUAUUUGGUUAUUUCAUAUAUCAAAAGUGAUAGAAUGUUUAGAUACAUUCUUUUUUAUAAUUCGUGGUCGAACACAUCUUGUCACAUGGUUACAUGUCUAUCACCAUUGUACAAUGAUUCCGAUAACAUGGGCCGGAGUGAAAUGGGUAGCUGGGGGUGAAAUAUUCCAACCUGUCGCAGUCAACUGCACGAUUCAUGUGAUUAUGUACAGUUAUUAUGCAUUUGCAGCUCUUGGACCUAAAUGGCGGAAAUACUUAUGGUGGAAACGUUACCUAACAAUGCUACAAAUGAUUCAAUUUAGCUAUGGAAUGCUUUAUUCUUACAUUUCACUUUACAACCAAUGUGGUCUGAAGGAAUUUGUACAUUACAUCAAUUUGUUUUAUCAAGCCAGUCUUCUAUUACUUUUCUAUAAUCAUUAUCACCAUGCAUAUCAUAAAUCGAAAAACCAAAAGUUAUGUAAAGCAACCGAUGACAAUUCAAUAGACAUUCAUACAAAUGGAAAUAUUAAAAAGGAUGAAUGAGAUUAAUCUAUAUUAUUUGGUUCUUUCAACCAUUAACUGACAAUAUCUUGAAUAUUAUAAAGAUAUAUGUAAAAUGUAUAUUUUUUACAAUGACAAAUAAUACGAGAAUGUAUACAUAAAAUUAUGAUACAAUCUCUAAACUAGUGAAAACAUACUUCUUCUUUUCUUUUUUUCCUUUUUGUUUAUUUCUUCUAAAAAGUAUUGACAUAAUACUUUUCUAUUUAUAUGAAUUAAUAUCGUUUUAAAAAUUUCUAAGUGUACCACUUUCUUGUUUAUGUGUAAUAGUAAACAUUUUGUGCAUA